UCUCAAAGUCAAUGGCCCCAAUUGCCGUGCGCACGGACGUCUGGCAAUUGCCGGUACAACGAGCAGGACGCCGCACCGGCUGCGCCACCUGGUUCUUGCCUACCAGACAAUAUCGAUGUAUGUGAGGAUGCACACGACUGAUACCUACAGGACUAUAGCAGACGUCGGCGGCAUGCUCAGGUUCCGCAUCUCGAUUGCGAAAUUAAAAUUGCUCCAGCUUCGGCCCUCAGGCACUAACAGACGUGUCCGGAUUUGGUCCAUCUCGUGCCGUGCGAAAGAUCGUGUGCACUCGCCGUGUUGCUACUUCUCUAUGCCGGCUCUAUUUACCCUGUGCCUACUCAUGAUGAGCCUGCAAGCCGUGUAAGCAUUAUCAGCCGUAACGGCCCGUCUCACGAACCCUUGCUCGGAGUGCGACUGUUCCGAGGUUCCUGGCGAAACUCGUGGUGACGUCCCAUCUAGGGACACCACUAUCGACUGCUCCCGCAGAACAUGUGCGUCAGUGUUGAUAACGGGGGUGGGACCUCUUUCCCCAUUGAGGCUGCGCCAUAGCACCCUCGUGUGCUCUGGUGGUGGCGCUGUGUUCGUCCCAUAAAUAUGACCGGCCGCCCGUCACCCACGAUCCUCCCAAGGGCCCAUACCUUCACCUUACAGCCAUGGCCGAUCUGGAGCUCAAGCAUCGCGACUCUGACUACGACGAGAAGAACGUCACGGACUCUAUCGACAAGAUAUCGGUCGAUUCGACCGGUAAGCCCAUCGACGAUGCCCAGAUGGUGAAGGAGGUGGAAGCUCUCGAGGACCGCAUCGAAAACGACGAGGCCACCGAGGAUGAGUAUCGUGUCCAUGAAGCUUGGGAGGUUUCCCUCAAGGUCUUGUCCACUCGGGAUGACCCGGAACUACCAUCUCUCACCUUCCGUACAUUCUUCCUUGGACUUGGUUUCUCCGCCUUCGGCGCUGUCCUCGCCCAGAUCUACUACUUCAAGCCGCAAACGCUCACGGUGUCCAUACUCUUCCUGCUCGUCCUGUCAUACUGGUUCGGUAAUGCCAUGCACAUGGCUCUGCCAUCUACGGGCAUUUUAAAGUUCAUGAAUCCCGGACCUUUCAACAUUAAGGAGCAUGUUGCUAUCAUUAUCAUGUCGUCGACUGCGGCCGCCUCCGCUACAGCAAUCCAGGUCAUCUCUGUUCAGGAGUUGUAUUACAACCACAAGAUGAACCCUGGCGUCGCCAUCUUCACUCUCAUCGGCUCCCAAUUGCUUGGCUACGGUUUCGCCGGUCUUCUGCAGGAUAUCCUCGUCAAGCCGACUAAAUGCUUCUGGCCAGCAAACAUGUCGGUCGCGAAUGUCUUCCAGGCACUGCACUACGAUAACCAGAUGACGUCCAAGCGUGUCCGUGUUUUCUGGAUGGUCUUUGCAGUCUUGUUUUGGUGGGAGAUUAUUCCACAGUGGAUCUUCCCAUUGUUGACCGGUGUCUCCAUCUUUUGCUUGGCUAAUAACAGCAGCGCAGUCUUCCGCAAUGUCUUCGGCGGUGCGAGCAACAAUGAGGGCAUGGGUCUCCUGUCAUGGUGCUUCGACUGGAACCUUAUUGGCUCGCCCUGCAUGUACCAGCCGCUCUGGUUGCAGGUCAACCAGGACAUCGGUAUCCUUUUAACUUACGUCCUUAUGAGCGCUGUCUACUACGGCAACCUCUGGGAUGCGAAGAAGUUCCCCUUCAUGAGCCAGGCGAUCUUCGAUCAAAAUGGCAACCAGUACAACCAGACCGCGCUCCUUACUAAUGGCAAGUUCGACCCCGUCAAGUACGAGCAGCUCGGGCCCGCAUUCUUUUCUGCAACCAACGCUCUCUAUCUGAUCACGUCGAACCUUUCGCUCGGUGCAGUGUUGACUCACGUCUGCCUCUGGCACUGGGACGACCUGAAGCCGUUCUUCCGCGCCUUGAACCCGUGGAACCGCGUACCGCUCGCCAUUCACGAUCCUCACUAUGAGAAGAUGAAGGUGUACAAGCAGAUCCCUCGCUGGUGGUAUUUCAUCGUCCUUGCAGCCGCAUACGCCAUUGCCCAAGCGACGAACUACACCGGCCGCUCCGGCAUGCCAUGGUGGACUCUCACGGUGUUGGUCAUCAUUUCCUUCAUCUUCUGCACACUCUAUGGAAUGCUGGCUGCUACCAUCGGCUUCUACGAGUUCAAUUCGUCCGGCGUCGGCUUCUUCCAGAUGAUCACCGCGUACAUCCUCCCUGGCGAUCCCGUCGCUAACAUGUACGGUGCACUUUAUGGCCAGCACCCUAUGAUCCAGGGUAUCGCUCUCCUCCAGGACUUGAAGCUCGGCCAAUACGUGAAGCUAGCGCCCCGAGUCACUUUCCUCAUGCAGAUGAUCGGUACCGUCGUUGGCGCCAUCCUCAAUUAUAUCAUGAUGUUGUCGAUCAUCAACAGCAAUCGGGAAGCUCUUCUUUCCAUCUCCGGUACCCGUCUGUGGUCCGGCCAGAACGCCCAGACCUACAACUCCAACGCCAUCUCUUGGGGUGCGCUUGCUCCUCAGAUGUUCGGCCCUAAGGGCGUCUACCAUAUGGUGCCCAUCUCCCUGGCCAUUGGUGUCUUCCUGCCACUACCCUUCUGGUUUGCGCACAAGCGCUGGCCCAAGGCUGGCUUCCAGAACUAUAACACGUCAAUCAUCACGCAGUAUUCCGCCUUCCUGUCGGUCGGAAUCAACACCUCCGUCAAUCCGUCUAUGGUCAUUGGUCUCUUCUCCCAGUGGUGGGUCCGAACCAGGUAUCCGAGGUGGUUCACCAAGUACAACUACAUUGUUGCGGCCGGUCUCGAUGGCGGCACUCAGGUCAUCAGCUUCAUCCUCAACUUUGCCGUGUUCGGUGCCUCGGGAACUCCUCGUCCCUUCCCAACCUGGUGGGGCAAUGACCUUAACCUAUCAGCUGACAGGUGUACGCUACCCGCCAAUUGAUCCUAGUGUCUAUCUUUGUUCUACCAUUUCUCAAUGGCUUGGCCAACUCGGUGUGUAUAUUAGUCUUGAUUAUCCUUCUGGCCAUAUAGGCUGCGUAAACAUUUU